AUGUUUCUCCUCCACGCCGAGUAUGAGCGCGAGGGCAUCAAUUGGUCCUACAUCGACUUUGUGGACAACCAGGAUGUGCUGGACCUGAUUGAGGGCAGGAUGGGGCUCAUGGACCUCAUAGACGAGGCCUGCAGGUUCCCCACAGCCACCACCAAGGACCUGGCGGAGAAGCUGCUGGGUGGCGCGGUGCCGGCGGCGUCCCAGCGCUUCUCGCGCGCCAAGCGCAGCGCCACCGCCUUCACCGUCCAGCACUACGCCGGCCCGGUGACCUACCAGACAGAUCACAUGCUUGAGAAGAACAGGGAUUUCGUGAUCUCAGAGCACCAGGCCCUCAUGGCCGCCUCCUCGCUGCCCGUCGUGCGCGCGCUCUUCGCAGCCGCCGGCGGCGACGGCGACGGGGGCGGCAGCGGCGGCGGCGCAGAGCAGGCGGCGGGCGGGGGCGGCGCGCGGGCGGGGGCGGGGAGGAGCGGCGGCGGCUCCGGCAAGGGGCCGGGCGGCAACCUCAAGGGCUUCCAAUUCGUGUCGGUGGGCAGCCAGUUCAAGCGCCAGCUGGCGGAGCUGGCGGCGAAGCUGUCUCAGCUGCAGCCGCACUACGUGCGCUGCAUCAAGCCCAACCCCCGCAACGUGAGGAUGGAGCUGGAGCCGGCCUACGCCCUGGAGCAGCUCAAGUGA